AUAGUUGGUAAUUUGGCGUUUAGGUUUGCUAAUGCUUGCAUUUUCAGUUUAAAUUGUAUUUGAUUUUCCUAUUGACCUAUAUCCGAAGAUAAUUUAUAAGCACAUAAAGAGUUGCUGUUGACUUGGACUAUUGAAUAGACUUUUGUUAGUCUUAGUUCAUUCAAUUAAGAGAGCAAAGUCCUUCACAUUUUGGUGUCUAUGGAGUAAUUCCCCCCUUGAUAUAUCUAUUUCUUUUAAACUUAUAUGGAACCAAAUCAUUGUUGUUUGAUAUCUGACGGGAGAAUGAGAAUGGAAACUAGGGGGAUCAAGCUCUAUGAUGCUGCAAAAAUUUGGGCGCUGAGCAAGUAUAUUUGGGUUUUUGUGUGGUUGGCUUUGUGGAAGGUGAAAGAAGUGUCCGUAAAGUGUUGAGUAAGCAUGCAUUUUUCACUCUCCAUCUCAGUGGCUUAAUUGCAAAAUCGGAUGGGCCAACAAAAGGGGUUCUUUGGAGAAAUUGUAUAUGAGCAUUAAUGCCAGAAACAUUUAUCUGUUCCAUGGAAUCAAGGUGAUUGAUGAAACAAUGCGUGUGAUUACAUUCUCACCAGUGGUUUUUCGGGAGGCAAAGUCUGAUGUCAAUAUCAAUGGGUACUUAAUUCCAAAAGGUUGGAAAGCAGUUGUGUGGUUCAGAUCAGUUCACCUUGAUCCUGAAAUAUAUCCUAAUCCAAAGGAAUUUAACCCUUAUAGAGGGAACCAGAAAGAACACAAAGUGCAGAGUGUGGUAAGGGAGGCAUACUCACCAUCCAUUAACCAUCCACCAUCAGAAGAAAGAAAUGUAUGAUUUAGAAAUGACGAGAUCAAGCUCUGCUAACACCUGCACCAUCUCCAAUAUCCCA